UUUGACAUCAAACUGUCUGUACGUUAGUGUACAUAGAGAUGUGUUAGCAUAACGCUGAUGCAAACAAACCAGUUUCACCGACAUCGCUGUUGAACACUGCUUCAUAUCAUAUCGAGAGUCUCCGCCAAAUACCACACCAUGCAGGCUGUGGGAAGACGUUGGGUUCUUUUGGCCGCGGUGGCAGGGGUGGUGGCGUUUGUCUCUGGCCUACUCAUUGGGCUAUAUGCUCCGGCGACAACUGCGACUGAACAUGGACCGGAGUCGGAUGGGAUGCUACUUAAACUUGUGCGUGCUGCUGACGCUGGUGUCAGUGAGAGACUCAUCAGAGACAUCGACCCUGCAAACAUCGACAGACAUCUCCGGAAGCUGACAGAGAGGCCACAUCUGGCUGGCAUGCCGGGUAAUUUCCGUACGGCAGAGUACGUCAGGGAUCAGUGGCUCGAACAAGGAUAUGACGUUCAUAUGGUGCCGUAUAACGUACUCCUGUCAUACCCGGAUGACAAUCACAACAACACGGCAAGCCUUAUUGCAUCAGACAGCAGUGUGUUGUUCCAGUCAACGCCGAGAGAGAUCGCCUUCUACGACGAGGAGACACACCCGGAAGCAGUUCAACCAUACAACGCCUUCUCCCCGAGCGGACAACCGGAGGCAGAACUUGUAUAUGCCAACUACGCCCGAGAUGUCGACUUUGAGAACCUCACACGACAAGGUCUGAAUGUUUCGGGGAAGAUCGUCAUUGCCCGGUACGGAAGGAUAUUUCGAGGAAAUAAGGUCAACUUCGCUCAUCAAUAUGGCGCCGUUGGAAUCAUCCUCUUCAUGGAUCCGGGUGAUUACGCCAAGGGAGACAACUUCUAUCCUGAGAGCAUGUGGCUUCCCCCUACAGGGGUUCAAAGGGGGAACAUUGUCAUGAUUAAAGGCGACCAGGCUACACCAGGAUAUCCAGCCACAUGGUACACGGCACGGCUGAAUGACGAGGAGCUGAAGAUGAAGCUGCCCCAAAUCCCCUGCCACCCCAUCGGCUACAGCGACGCCUACAUGCUGCUCAGGGAGAUGGAGGGAGAUACAGCUCCGCCAGACUGGCAGGGAGGACUCAACAUCACCUACAGACUUGGCGGGACUAUGAAGGAUGGCAAGAAAGUGAAACUCGAUGUCCAGAAUCACCUUCAAACUGUCACAAUAUACAACGUCUUUGCCAAGAUGAAGGGAACAAUAGAAAACGACCGAGUGGUGCUUAUUGGUAACCAUAGAGACGCCUGGGUGUACGGAGGAACGGACCCAUCUUCUGGAAGCGCUACAGUGUUGGAGAUGUCUAGAGUUUACGCUAAACACGUGCAAGAUGGCUGGGAGCCUCGGCGAUCUGUCAUUUUCUGCAGUUGGGACGCGGAGGAGUUUGGUCUUGUUGGGUCGUACGAGUGGGUGGAGGAGAACGUUAAAUGGCUAGCACAUCAGGCCGUGGCGUAUCUCAACAUCGACUUAACCACAUCAGGCAACUAUACAAUAAAUGUGGCCGCUACACCAACGUUGAAGCAGGCUGUAUACAGAGCUGCGAGAAAGGUCCCCGACCCGCACCAGGACGGCAGGAGUCUGUUCGAGGUGUGGCGAGAACGCUCACCUGACACACAGAACGCCGACUACCCGAGCGUCGGCCUACCAGGGGCAGGGAGUGACUUUGUGCCGUUUGAGCAGGAUGUGGCCAUCCCCACAGCCUCCUCCUCCUAUAGAGAUGUGGACCUGGGCGACAGAAUCCAUAGAGCCGGGUACCCCUUGUACCACACCCUGUACGACGGCUACCGCUAUGUGAAGAUGAUGGAUCCACAACUCAAAGCAAGUGCCGCAGUCGCCGCGAUCUUCAUCGAGUUGGCACGGGAUCUCGUAGAUUCUCUGAUAAUACCAAUGGACGUGCGAGAUUACGCAUCAGCCGUUGAUGGGUUUGUGAAAGGUCUGGUUGAAAAUCAGAGAGACAGUUUUGCACAACGGAACAUAAGUUCAGAUGCUAUACAGUCGGCGGCCGACAAUUUUACCAAAGCUGCAAAUGACUUUAAUACAAGAUUGGGAGACGUCGACAUAAAAAACCCUAUAGCUGUCCGUGGUGUCAACGACAAGCUGAUGGCGCUAGAGAAGGCGUUUCAAGUCCACACAGGGCUCCCCAGCAGGAAAGAGUACAAGCACGUGUUGCUCUCCCCCAGCAGCGCCAACUACUACAAAACGACGACGUUCCCAGGGCUGGCUGACCUCCUGUACCAGAUCGGGCACAACGCUACACGCUGGCGGGAGGUCAAAAUCCACCUGUCUGUCCUCACCUUUACCAUACAGUCUGCAGCUCACAUCUUGAUGAGUUAGAAUUAAUUUAAUCCAAGUCGACGAUUUCCAUAUAUAUUCAGAUUACAAGCUUAUAGUGCUAGUCAGACAGACAGACAGAUUUAUUCAGUAAUCAGGCCUCCAGCCCAUAAUACAUGUUGACAUAAUGUAGAUCAUACAUGCUUAUAUACUAUGGCGUUAUGUUAAGACAAAUAGUUUUAGAAUACGUUAGAACAGUGAUGAGUUACGUAUAUUCAUAACUUUAGAUAGGAAUAGUACAAUGUGUUUUAAAGUUCUUGUGGAGUUUGUUGACAUAAGGUUUAAAAACUGUUGAAAUGUGGUAAAGUUGAUUUCACUUUCAGCAAAGCAUUCUCUUCUUGCAGCUCGGUAUCUGUCACAGAUUGACAAUACAUGAUACUCAUCCUCAAUUAGAGUUAAACCUUUGGAGUGGCAAUACACGCACACACGUUCUUCAUAUGGGAUUUUUGAAUGUCUUCCAGUUUCAACUGCAAGUUUAAAGUUGUUACACCUGAACAUACAUAUUAAUCUUUUAUAAUAAGCAAAGAUUUCACGUGAUAAUUUUUCUACAUUAAGGAGAGAUUUGUACUGUGGGUAAUAUUUGCAUUUAGAUGAGAGCUCUAUGGAGAGAUGCCAGUUUUGAGAAAGACAGUCAUACAUCCUCUGUUUAAAUAUCAUCAUCAAUAAUUUGCUAUCACCGCAUUCCUGAUUUAUCCAAAUAAAACCAAAUCCAUGUUGAAACAGGAUAUUCCUGAUGUGUGAUGCCCAUGUGGUUUUACCAGAGUCAUCAAAUGACUUGAGCAUACAAUAGGACAAUAAUGCUAGUUAGUAUUCAUAACUUGUGAUAUCAUCAAAGUCGAUAUUAAUAUGUCGACAAUAUUUGACUAAUUCCCAAUCAAAUAAACUGUAAUGAAGAUAUUGAAUCACACAAUGAUUAAAUGAGCUGUUCUCUGUGUUUUUAA